AUGACCCAGCCGAAGAAGACUCUUGAGUCGCGCCCUCGCCUGCCCGAGUGGCUGAAGGUGCAAAUGCCGGGCAGCCCGAGGUACAUGCAGCUCAAGGAACUGAUGCGCAGCCAAGAGUUGCACACGGUCUGCGAGGAGGCACACUGCCCCAAUAUCGGCGAGUGCUGGGGGCGAGGCACGGCCACCUUCAUGAUCUUGGGUGACAUCUGCACACGGCGUUGCCACUACUGCGCUGUCACGACCGGACGCCCGGUAGGCAUCGACCUGAAAGAGCCGAAGAGGCUGGCGGAAACAGUCAAGGCCAUGGGCCUCCGAUACUGCGUGAUUACUUCCGUUAACCGCGAUGACCUCCCUGAUGGCGGCGCCUAUAUCUUUGCGGCUUGCAUCAAUCGCAUCCGCGAAGUGUUGCCGGAGUGUCGCAUCGAGGUGCUGAUUCCCGACUUUGCCGGCAACUGGGAUGCGCUGCGCCGCGUUAUCGAGGCGGGACCGGCGGUGCUGAACCACAACAUUGAGUCAACCGUGCGAGUAUUCCCUCGGGUCCGACCCAAGGGCAAAUACAGGCUUUCCCUGGACCUUCUCGCCAAGGCAAAGGAAAUCGAUCCGGCCACCGUCACCAAAUCGGGCAUCAUAGUCGGCAUGGGCGAGACGGCCGACGAGGUGCUGGACACAAUGCGCGACCUGCGGGGCGUGGACUGUGACCUUCUGACCAUAGGGCAGUACCUGCGACCGUCGGCCAAACACAUCGCCAUCGACCGAUUCUACACCCCAGCUGAGUUCGAAGAGCUGAGAGUGGCUGGACUCGAUCUGGGCUUCAAGCACGUCGCUUCGGGGCCGCUGGUACGCAGCUCCUAUCACGCCGACGAGCAACAUGACGCCGCCUUCGUCCCUUCGGCCCUCGGCUCCGGAUCUUAG